AGUUCGAGCGUUCCUAUGAAAUCACAUAAGUUAAAGAAAAAUAUGAAGAAAAUUUGUAUUAUUUGUGAUAAGGAUGGAGCUGUCUAUAAAUGUCCUACGUGCAGAGAUUCAUACUGUUCUGUCGUUUGUUGCAAAGAGCACAAAAAAAUUGGCUGCAUCCUACCAGAACCACAAUCGAUUGAUGCUAAUUUAAACAUAGAUGAAAAUGGAAAAUAUGAUUUUCUAACAGAGGACACGGUACCGUUGGAAAAAUUAAUGAAAUUGCGUGAGAGUGAAGAAGUUAAAGACUGUUUAAAAAAUCCACACGUGCGUACUAUUAUAAAUGCGAUUUUAAAGGAUUCUAAUCCAACGAAAGCUAUAGCCUUAGCUAUGACAGAACCAAUAUUCGUAGAGCUUGCGGAUGCAUGUUUAAAAGUGGUAGAAAUAAAAGAGAAUAAAUGACCCGUAUAAUUUAAUAUUGUGCGAACAUACGAGCCAUUUGGAAUAUGAAAACGUUUUUGUACACAUAUUACAGUUAUUAGAAAAUUUUAAUACUGUUAUUUGUUUUUUUUUUUUUUUAUAAAAACAUAGGAAACGUAGCAGCAGCAGUUUAGCAAGGUGAUUGUUAGAUAAUAAUUAUUUAAUGAUUAAGUAAUUAGAUAGAUAAAGUGGUGACAUUUAUGAAAGCUACAAUUCUUAAAAAUAUACGUAAUUGAUCCGUUAUAAAAUAAACAGAUAUUAACAAGUACUUUUUGUUGGAAUAUGUCUUGCAUUGAAAUAAAUAAUUCAAUUUUAUGUGGUAAAUAUAUAUCUGUGCAGACAUAUCCGAAAGAAUUGAAAGAUAAAGAAGUAGUAAAAGAUGUAAAUGUUAAGCGAAUAGACUUUCCAAAAAAAAAAAAAAAGAAAAAAGAAAACAAAGAAAUGAAAAGAAAAAAAAGGAAGGUUAAAUUACAUUUACAAUUCUAUAUGUUGAGAG